GAGCAAGUCUUGUUUGAGCGAAGCAGCCAGCGGAGCAGCCAGCUGCCGCGUGGCGGGUGACGGUGGGAGCUUUUGAUGGCGACUUCUGUGGAUUACAGUGCCGCAGAUCAUGAAAGCCCCAGCUGCUACAACUUUUGGAGCCUGUUCGGCUGCGAAGAUGAGAAGCUCAAGCAGCUUCUCGACUCGCAGCUGUUGGCUUUCCUUCAAUGGGAGAAAUAAGAAUCAACAUGUAGCUGCUGUAACUAUCUUAACCCCAUGCACUCAGUGCUCUUCCAGAGCAGUGAGUGGCCAAGUCGGUCACCAAAUCGUGGUUGUUCGACUGAACUCUGCGGGGUGAAUCUGAUCUCAGGUUGAGAAUUGCCAGGAGGAGGGACAUGCUUCCCCCGUGGCGGGGUUUGCAGGUCGGAAGAUGCUGAGAGAGGUUCUCUCGUUCAAGAGGACGAUGGUUUUGCAGACGUUUUAAAGUUCUACCGUAGUUCUACCAUGUUUGACCUGGUUUUAUUCUGGUUUUGCCCACUUAAAAUGUUUUGGUUCACUUGGGAUCUCAGAUCGAAUGCAGGGAAAGGAGACGACUUGCCCAUUGCAGAUGUUCAUCCGCACUUUUAAGGGGGUCACGGGCCAGGUUGCAAAAAGCCUCCAACUGGGGCAUUUGAUCUUGGCAUGUUUCACACUUGAUCUCGGCACUUUUUGUCUUUGGCGCACUGCAAUCUUCGGCCAUCCAAUCUUGGUUCUUUCAGGUUUCUGGGCGGUGCAACAUUCAGGAUGGUUUUGUUCUACUUCCGAUAGACUCAAGAUGCUGUACAGAGCUAGGGCAAUGAUUAACAGUCUUUGCGAUGCUGCAAGCUGCAACCCAAAGCUCUGCUUUGCAUGGCUUCUCUGUCAGAACUCAUUCCAUCGCCCGAAUCCAUCGCCCGAAGCGCUCGGUCGACCAAUGAAUCCGAUUCGACCGUCGCAGACCCCGCCCGAAGGGCGACCACCAAACCUCAGCAUCAGCGACCACCCUAAGCAUCUGAACGGUUCGCUUCGAACUCCCAUGAAACACCCUCACCCAACCAGUCGGAACCUCCACCCAGUCGGAACCUCCCCAGUUGGAACCUCCAUCCCCCCCGCUCGUUUGACCAGUCUCGCGCAACCGGUUCCAACCGGGCCGGACCCGCAGUCUCUCAACGCGGAGCAGUUUUACGAGGCCAAUGAAAGCCCAAGAGAAUUCAAGGAGUCGAAGCCCUGGAAUGCCGGCUUGUGCUGCCGCCGCAAAGCACGUGGGGCAGCACUGCUGGAGGAACCCAGGUCCCAGAAGGAGCCCUGGAUUUGGGCACCCCAAGCUGACGAGAAUGAGAUCGACUUGGAGUGGAAGAUCGUGGAACACGAGUUGGACUAUGAGUCCCUCUGCCGACUUCGAGCCUUCCGCGAGGUGGUGGCGCAAGCUGGCCUCGACUUCCAUGUGGCUUGCCGGAAGGCGCCGCACUCCAAACGGCCUGGCACCUUACUGCGCUUCCUGAGAGCUCGAAACUGGAACCAAGAGCUCUCACUGAAGCUGCUUCAGGAGGCCCUCGACUGGCGUCGAGACUAUCAACUGGAGGAGAAGCUUGAGGCCUGGCGCGCGGAAUGGCAAGCCCAGCAAUCGCGCCGGGUGCAGCUUUGGAGGAAGUAUGGCUACAUCAAGCAGAUCGGCUUGGAUCAUGAUGGCCUGCCCAUCCAUCUGCACCGGCUCUCGCAGUGUGACGCUGGUGGCUUGGCGCGUGAGGCGGGCGAUGAGGCCUUCCUGCUCUACCACUUGAUGAUCUUGGAAGACUGCUUUGAGGCGGCGCAGGAGCGAAUGCUGAAGAGUGGGAAGUUGAUCACGAAUUUCGUGGACGUCUACGACCAAGGCGACUACGGCCUGGUGGAUGGCUAUUUGCGGCGUGGGUAUAAGGCUUGGGAGCCUUACAAGAUGAUGAUUCCCAUCCUGGACAAGGUCUACCCGGAACGGGUGCGAGUGGCCUUCAUCCUGAGGUGCCCUGCCGUCUUCGCCAUCUUCUGGCGCCUAGUCGAGCCCUUCGUGCCGCCGGCCACGGUGAAGAAGAUCCGCAUCAAGGGCUACUCGGCCAAGAGCUAUGUUGGAGAGAUGAAGGAACUCAUGGUGGAAUCUGUGAUCCCGCCAUUCUUAGGCAGCGAUGAUCGGGCCUUGCUGACCACCGCUGAGCCCUGGGGCGGCUGGGUGCCCAACGGAGGAUAGCCAUGCUUGGUCUGGGCCACUCGGCACAGUGUUCGGAAUCACGGAACUGGAAGGCACUUGCGGCGCGUGGCUCGGUUCCUGGGGCUGGAGGUCGAUGGGCUGAGCACUUGUGUCGCCGUUUCACUGCCGGGCGACACAAGGGUGAUGAAGAUGGAUACUUGAGGUGUAGGCAAGCUGAUUCCCUG